AUGUUCAACCUGUGGCUCGCUGUAGCCCGUGCAUCAAAUCCACGGGAACUCUUUCACACCUAUUCCCCAGACGAAUCGUACAUGAAAGAAGUCGCUUUUUGCAUCGGGGAAAUUCCUGAAGACUGGAAAAAGCAUUGGGAAUCGGAUGAUUGGCUUAAGAAGUUCGAGGUAUCUCGCGAGGCUGCCGAUCAAAAGUGGGGAAAACUGGUAUCGCAGCUCGCGUGUGGAGACGAUGAUGCAAAGCUAGUCCUCCGCGAGUUCUUCGAUAUCAUUCGUUGGAUAUUGAAAAUCGAUCCAAGAGAACGUCCGAGUGCUGAGGAAGUAUUAAAGCAUCCUUGGCUCAGCGUGGACAGGGAGGACGAAGACAUCGACCCGAAGACGGUUAUGCAGCCGCGAACCGAACCUGUACGGAGGGUACUGGCACAUAGCGGUCCGCCUCCAGAGGACGACGAUUAUUACCGAGAUUUGUAA